AUGAAGGAGCUGGAACCAUCAACAAACGAACGGGAGUUCGUUUUGGCAGCAUUAAGGGACGGAGCACGCAUCGAUGGACGCAACUUUUACGACUUCAGGACAUUACGCCUUUCGUUUGGUGCAGACUAUGGUGCGGUUGAAGUCCAGUUAGGCAACACUAGGGUUCUCGCAAAGGUAUCGUGUGAGGUGAUUAGACCUUUCCCUGAUAAACCGACAGAAGGAUUCCUCAUGUUCAACACAGAGCUUUCACCGAUGGCCUCACCUGCAUUUGAGGUCGGCAGACAAACAGACGAAGAAGUGCUUGUGAGUCGCUUAAUAGAAAAGGCAAUGAAGAGAAGCAGAGCAUUGGAUACAGAAGGCUUGUGCAUAGUGGCAGGCGAGAAGGUCUGGUCGAUCCGUGUAGAUAUUCACUUUUUGGAUCAUGACGGAAACCUUGUCGAUGCUGCCUGCAUUGCUGCGAUCACUGCAUUACAACAUUUCAGGAGGCCAGACGUGACAGUUGUAGGCGAAGAUGUCACCAUUCAUACAUUGGAGCAACGAAAUCCUGUGCCUCUCAGUAUUCACCAUAUCCCGAUCUGUGUUACAUUCGCAUUCUUUGAUAACGGAAACCAUGUCAUUGUUGAUCCAACACAUUUAGAAGAACAAAUCAAGGAAGGUGACAUGACAAUCACACUGAACGUGCAUAAAGAAGUAUGUGCAUUAUCUAAGGCUGGAGGUAUCCCAAUGGAGCUGGAUCAGAUUAUACAGUGCUCAAAAAUCGCUGUUAUUAAGGUUGCAGAGAUUACUGCUCAAAUUGAGGCAGCAUUAGCAGCAGAUGCCAAAAAGCGGUAA